CACAUGGAGAGGAUGCUGCUCUGUCUGAUGGUCAUCCUUCUGGGGACAGUGGCCCAUAACUCAAGCUCCCCAGGGCAAGAUCGUCGCCUCCUGAUUAGAAUGCGCCACCUUAUACACACAGUUGACCAGCUGAAAAAAUAUGUGAAUAACUUGGAGCCUGAACUUCUGCCAGCUCCGCAAGAUGUGAAGGGACGCUGUGAGCAGUCAGCUUUGCUGUGCUUUCAGAAGUCUGCUGGCCAACUCAAGCCACCAAACACAGGAGACAACGGAACGAGGAUCAGUUUAUUCAUCAAAAACCUGAAGAGGAGAGUACCUUCUACAAAUGCAAGCAGAGAGCAGGAACUCAUUCCAACAUGCCCUUCAUGUGACUCCUAUGAGAAGAAACCACCUAAGGAAUUUCUGGAAAGACUGAAGUCGCUUCUCCAAAAGAUGGUCCACCAGCAUCUUCCCUAG